AUGUGGGAAAAGGCACGAUUUAUGAAUCGCUAUUAUGGUAUGCAGGAGAUGUACGAGAACAAGCAAGAUGGAGAAGAAUGGAACAUGCCAAAAGAUCGUGAUCCAUUCUACGAAGCACCCGAUUCUAAGGGUUUCUUGGGGUCAGCUAUCGUAUUCUUGCAACCGCUUGCAUAUCUUAUGGAUUCUGAAGAAACUUAUCCCAUAGUGGAUUUUACAGGGGAAGAGCUUGGAGAACUGUCAGUGCAACUUUCGCCUUGCAAUUCAUCCGGAAAAGAGCUUAUCGGAGAUUAUGUGAAUGAUCCGCAAGAGUUGAUUGGCAAAAAUUACGGUUUUAUGGUAAAAAUACAGACAGCAAGAGGUCUACCACGCCGAAUUGACAAAAGCUCCUGCAAAUACCGCUUUUUCGAUGGCAAAGAGGUGAACACUGCUCUUGUAUCAGGCAGCAGUCCAUCAUAUCUACAUGAACAAACGUUCCAGUACAAAAGUGUGUCAUCCGAGCUGGCCGAUUAUCUUUUGAAUUCCAAUCUCUGGAUUACCCUAUGGGGGACCCAAAGAGCUAGGCACUCACACACCCAAGAUGCCAACAGAAGACCGUCGAUUACGAGCACUGAAGCGAGACGCCCACCAAGAAAGAAGAAAAUAGUGAAAAAAGCAAAGAAUCGCGACAUCAAUGGAGAAAGCGACAUCAAGAUACCAAGGAAAGCAAAAGAAAACCGGGAAACCCGUACCAAUGACGCGACUAUAGUGUUGAAGAAAGCAAAGGAGCUAGAAGAGGUUGAUUUGAAACUGGCAGGGUAA